AUGGCAGUUUCAUCAAUCCAAGACCGAACGAACGAGUUCAGGUCCGUCCUCAACCAAGUUCAAAAACGCCAGGCGUCAUCCAAGAUCGGAUCGCAAAGACAGUCCCUUCUCACAGACUCGCAGAAAGCGGCCGCAAACGGAAGCGCAAAUGGCGAAGCUGCGCCCCGAAGAUCCGAGUUCGCCAGGAGAGCGGCGGAGAUAGGAAGAGGCAUCGGGGCGACGAUGGGAAAAUUAGAAAAGCUAGCACAAUUGGCCAAGCGGAAAACGCUCUUCGACGAUCGACCCGUCGAAAUCAACGAGUUAACAUUCAUCAUCAAGCAAGAUCUAUCCUCCCUAAACCAGCAAAUCUCCUCCCUACAAUCCCUCUCGCGGGCACAACACCCCAAAGCCGACCAGGAAGGCGAACAUAACAAGAACGUGGUGUUUCUCCUCCAGGGCAAACUCACAGACGUAUCCGCGAAUUUCAAAGAUGUGUUGGAAGUACGGACGAAGAAUAUCCAGGCCUCGCGAUCACGGACGGAAAACUUUGUUUCGUCAGUUUCUGCACAUGCCGCACCGUCGAUAUCACAAUCAGCCUCCCCGCUGUACAGUACACCAACUCGAGGUUCCCCAGGGCCAAAUCAAGAUCUCCUAUCACUAAAUCCAGUCGGUGACCAGCAGCUCCUCAUGAUGGAGGAAGCGCAACCACAAAACACAUAUAUCCAACAGAGAGGCGAAGCCAUCGAAGCCAUAGAAAGAACCAUCAGCGAACUAGGCGGCAUCUUCGGACAACUCGCCUCUAUGGUUUCCGAACAGAGCGAGAUGAUCCAGCGGAUCGACGCGAAUACCGAGGAUGUGGUGGAUAAUGUGCAAGGUGCGCAGCGGGAGCUGUUGAAGUACUGGAGCAGGGUUUCGAGCAAUCGCUGGCUGAUUGCGAAGAUGUUCGGGGUGCUUAUGAUUUUCUUCUUAUUAUGGGUUCUCAUCGCAGGAUAG